CUGUACCAUGGAUGAACUUGCAUCUCUUUUGGGACCGUCAGAAGUGUGCUACAUCUCUCAAGACGACAAAGCAAGAGUGGCUAUAGGGAUAACGGCAGAAAAUGUACAGGCCCCUAUGCUUAUGCACAUGCAGUAUCGGGUAAAACUUUCGGACCAUGAUUGGGUUGUCGCAGCUGGGCACAAGCUCAUCCCAUCUGUAUAUGCAGGCAUAGCUGUUGACAGAAAUGGCCUAGGAAUGCCCGGUGCUGUCGGAUAUUCAGGUCCAACUUAUGUCGCCAUUCGCUCCGGCAAACAUGGUUCUUCAACUGCUUUAAGUCAUUGUAUGGACUUUGAACGAUUACUGAACCUCCCUGAAUUCAACUCUAUUACAAAAAGUUCAGAUGAGAGAGUGAAGCCGAUUGUUAUGUUCUCAGUUGAUGGGGGUCCUGACGAAAAUCCUCGUUACAACAAAGUAAUUGAAGUUGCAAUACAUCACUUUGUGUCACACGAUCUUGAUGCGAUUUUCAUCUUUACCAAUGCACCAGGCAGGAGUGCCCAUAAUCGAGCAGAGCGAAGGAUGGCCCCUUUAAGUCGCCCACUAUCUGGGUUAAUUCUUCCUCAUAAUUACUACGGGAACCCCCUUGACGCAGCUGGUAAAACCAUCGAUGUGGACCUUGAAAAACAGAACUUUGAAAAAGCUGGGACUACUCUGGCAGAGGUAUGGAGCGAAGUAGUAUUUGAUGGAUAUCCUUGUGUUGCUGAAUAUGUGGAUCCGAAUUAUUAUGAAUUCAGUCAAGAUCGGCUCAACGUGAAAGAUCAGUAUUGGUUUUCGGAGCAUGUUCGCACGAGCCAGUACUUUACGCAAAUUGUUAAGUGUAAAAAUCUAAUGUGUUGUAUUAACGAGCCGAGAAGCUCAUACUUGGCCGUUGUUCCUACGCGGUUUAUUCCUCCUCCGAUUCCAUUGAUCCAAACUGACAAAGGGUUAAAAGCUUCUGAUCGAAGUGGCUUUGAAAGUCACGUCUUUCCUUCUUUAUUUUUAUCGUUCCAUCUUUCACGCGACUUAUUGCCUAAUUCAACUAAAGAAUUCCUUACGCUCCCUUAUGAUCUUUACACACCCUCAGUUGAGUCGCAGUUAUUGGAUCGAAUUUUCCAAAAAUGUUCGCUUUAUUUUGCAUCGAAAGUUAUGCUGAAGAGUCACAUGAUUGUACACAAAAAAAAGACUCAAAGCGCAAGUGCAGUUAUUGAGAAAGAGUUCAUCGUCACAAGAACUAGACCUGUUCGCAUCGCAGCGAUGCGACAGAGAGAAAUGAUGGCUAUCAUUGUAUCAGAUGAUAAUAAUGGCUUAGAAGCAGAGGACGCAGAAUGGAUUGACAAAGACGAAUUGGAUAUUUCUGGAAUCCCACCAUUUGUCGAAAAGCCCUCGAUCUUAUCGUGCCCAGUUGUGACGCUUGAAGACCAUUUUGAUAAUCCAUGGGAGAACGAUGAGUGAAUUAAAAAAUAAGUCAUAUCCUGCCUAUUAAAUUGUUUAUAACGCAGUUACACCCAGAAUCAAUCAAUAUUUGUGAGCAAAUUGUUGUUUCAUGUAAAAGUUAAACGGUUGCUAAAAUACAGUUUUUUAAACCCUUUA